AUGCAGACCCGUUUGGUGGAGCUGCAUCGUCUGUGGGAGCUGCUGCUCCAGAAAAUGCGAGAGAAGGGAAUCAAACUGCAGCAGGCCCAGAAGCUGGUCCAGUACCUGAGAGAGUGUGAAGAUGUUAUGGACUGGAUCAACGACAAGGAGGCAAUUGUGACAUCCGAGGAACUCGGCCAAGACCUGGAACAUGUAGAGGUUCUACAGAAGAAGUUUGAAGAGUUUCAGACUGAUCUAGCUGCUCACGAGGAAAGGGUGAAUGAGGUCAACCAGUUUGCCAGCAAACUUGCCCAGGAGGAACAUCCCGAAGUGGAGGUGAUCAAGACUAAACAAGAUGAAGUAAAUGCAGCCUGGCAGCGCCUAAAAGGCCUGGCCCUUCAGAGGCAGGGGAAGCUCUUUGGAGCCGCAGAAGUCCAACGCUUUAACAGGGAUGUUGAUGAAACCAUUGGCUGGAUCAGAGAGAAAGAGCAGCUUAUGGCCUCUGAUGAUUUCGGCAGAGACUUGGCCAGCGUACAAGCCUUGCUCCGUAAACACGAGGGUCUGGAACGUGAUCUGGCCGCACUGGAGGAGAAGGUGAAGGCUUUGUACGCAGAGUCUGACCGCCUGCAGCAGUCACACCCCGUAAACGCUCCCCAAAUUCAAGUCAAAGGAGAGGAGCUGAUUGCAAACUGGGAGCAAAUCCGAACCAUAGCAGCUGAGCGUCACACUCGCCUCAAUGACUCCUACAAGCUUCAGAGAUUCCUGGCAGACUUCAGAGACUUGACCAGCUGGGUGACAGAAAUGAAGGCUCUCAUCAAUGCCGACGAGCUUGCCAACGACGUGGCUGGAGCAGAGGCUCUGCUUGAUAGACACCAGGAACACAAGGGUGAAAUUGAUGCUCAUGAAGAUAGUUUUAAAGCUGCUGAUGCAGCAGGACACUCUCUGCUGAGCGCUGGACACUAUGCUUCCGAUGAAGUCAGGGAGAAGCUGAACAUCCUAACCGAUGAAAGAACCGCUCUUCUGGAGUUGUGGGAGCUGCGUAGGCAGCAGUACGAGCAGUGCAUGGACCUCCAGCUCUUCUACAGAGACACAGAGCAGGUGGACAACUGGAUGAGCAAGCAAGAGGCUUUCCUGCUUAAUGAGGAUUUGGGUGAUUCAUUGGACAGCGUUGAAGCCUUGCUGAAAAAGCAUGAAGACUUUGAGAAAUCUCUUAGCGCCCAGGAAGAAAAAAUCACGGCCUUGGAUGAGUUUGCCACAAAGUUGAUUCAAAACAACCACUAUGCCAUGGAGGAUGUUGCUACUCGCAGAGACGCGCUUCUGAGCCGUCGUAAUGCUCUGCAUGAGCGAGCUCUGUACCGACGCACCCAGCUGGCGGACUCCUUCCAUCUGCAGCAGUUCUUCCGGGACUCCGAUGAACUAAAGAGCUGGAUUAAUGAGAAGAUGAAGACUGCCACAGACGAAGCAUACAAGGAUCCCUCCAACCUCCAAGGCAAGGUGCAGAAACACCAAGCGUUUGAGGCCGAGCUUUCUGCUAACCAGAGCCGUAUAGAUGCCCUGGAAAACUCUGGUCAGAAGCUUAUCGAUGUCAACCAUUACGCCUCCGAUGAAGUGGCUGCGCGUAUGAAUGAGGUCAUCACUUUGUGGAAAAGACUGCGGGAGGCUACAGAACUCAAAGGUAUCAAACUGCGUGAAGCUAAUCAGCAACAGCAGUUCAACCGCAACGUGGAGGAUAUUGAGCUGUGGCUCUAUGAGGUUGAGGGCCACCUGGCUUCCGAUGACUACGGCAAAGAUCUCACCAACGUCCAGAACCUUCAGAAGAAACAUGCUUUACUAGAGGCCGAUGUUGCAGCUCAUCAGGACCGCAUCGAUGGAAUCUCUAUUCAAGCCCGUCAGUUCCAAGACGCCGGACACUUUGACGCAGAGAACAUUAAGAAGAAGCAAGAGGCUCUUGUUUUCCGUUACGAGGCCCUGAAGGAGCCCAUGGUUGUAAGGAAACAGAAGCUGUCUGAUUCUCUGCGUCUGCAGCAGCUUUUCCGAGACAUUGAAGACGAGGAGACCUGGAUAAGAGAGAAGGAACCCAUUGCUGCCUCCACCAACAGAGGCAAGGAUUUGAUUGGCGUGCAGAAUCUUCUGAAGAAGCACCAAGCCCUUCAGGCUGAAAUAGCAGGACAUGAGCCCCGCAUCAAAGCUGUUACCCAAAAGGGGAACUCUAUGAUUAGUGAAGGCCACUUUGCUGCUGAGGAGGUGAAGGUGAAGGUGAAGGAGCUUAAUGACAAAUGGCAGUCUCUGAGGAACAAAGCAUCCCAGCGCCGCCAGGACCUUGAGGACUCUCUGCAAGCUCAGCAGUACUUUGCCGACGCCAAUGAGGCCGAAUCCUGGAUGAGGGAAAAGGAACCCAUUGUUGGAAGCACGGACUAUGGCAAAGACGAGGACUCUGCGGAGGCUCUCCUGAAGAAACAUGAAGCCCUUAUGUCUGAUCUUCAUGCAUAUGGGAGCAGUAUCCAGGCAUUAAGAGAACAGGCUCAGUCUUGCAGACAACAAGUUGCCCCAACUGAUGAUGAAACUGGAAAGGAGCUGGUACUGGCGUUGUACGACUACCAAGAGAAGAGCCCUAGGGAGGUGACCAUGAAGAAGGGGGAUAUCCUGACACUUCUUAAUAGUACCAAUAAGGACUGGUGGAAGGUGGAAGUGAAUGAUCGUCAGGGGUUUGUGCCCGCUGCGUAUGUGAAGAAGUUGGACCCAGCGCAGUCUGCUUCCCGUGAGAACCUCCUGGAGGAGCAGGGGAGCAUUGCGCUGAGGCAGGAGCAGAUCGAUGGACAGACUCUCUUAUCUAAGGAAGCUGGCAGUGUUUCUCUGCGUAUGAAUCAGGUUGAAGAGCUAUACCACAAUAUUCUGGAGAUGGGCGAGAAACGCAAGGAUAUGUUGGAAAAGAGUUGCAAGAAGUUUAUGUUGUUCCGCGAGGCCAAUGAGCUGCAGCAGUGGAUUAACGAGAAGGAAGCGGCUCUCGUGAAUGAAGAAGUUGGCGCUGACCUGGAGCAGGUGGAGGUGCUGCAGAAGAAGUUUGAUGAUUUCCAAAAGGAUUUGAAAGCUAACGAGUCUCGUCUGAAGGACAUCAAUAAAGUCGCUGAUGAUCUCGAAUCUGAGGGGCUGAUCACAGAAGAAAUCCAAGCUGUACAACAACAGGAGGUUCAAGGAAUGCCAAGAGAUGAGGGAGAUUCCAAAUCUGCAUCUCCAUGGAAGUCCGUGCGCACUGCAGUCCAUGCUGUGGCUACCUUCAACUCUAUCAAGGAGCUGAAUGACCGUUGGCGAUCCCUGCAACAAUUGGCAGAGGAGAGAAGUCAGCUUUUGGGCAGCGCGCAUGAAGUUCAGAGAUUCCACCGAGAUGCCGAUGAGACUAAAGAAUGGAUAGAGGAGAAGAACCAGGCUUUGAAUACUGACAGCUAUGGGCACGACUUGGCUAGUGUUCAGGCUCUGCAACGUAAACAUGAAGGGUUUGAGCGAGACCUGGCGGCCCUUGGUGAUAAGGUUAACUCUUUGGGAGAGAUGGCUACACGUCUGAUCCAGUCACAUCCAGAGUCUGCUGACGACAUCCAGGAAAAAUGCAAGGAGCUCAAUGAGGCCUGGAGCAGCCUUGGCAAACGGGCCGACCAACGCAAGAAGAAACUGGGAGAUUCUCAUGAUCUGCAACGCUUCCUCAGUGACUUCAGGGAUCUCAUGUCCUGGAUCAACGGCAUUCGAGGCUUGGUGUCAUCAGAUGAACUAGCUAAAGAUGUGACGGGAGCAGAGGCUUUGUUGGAAAGGCACCAGGAGCACCGCACAGAGAUUGAUGCCAGAGCUGGAACUUUCCAGGCCUUUGAACAGCUGGGACAGCAGCUGUUGGCCCGUGGGCAUUACGCCAGCCCGGAGAUAAAGGACAAGCUGGAUAUAUUGGACCAAGAACGGGCAAGUUUGGAGAAAGCCUGGAUUCAACGCAGGAUGAUGCUGGAUCAGUGUUUGGAGCUUCAGCUAUUUAACAGAGACUGCGAGCAGGCAGAGAACUGGAUGGCUUCCCGUGAGGCCUUCCUAAACAGCGAGGACAAAGGCGAUUCUCUGGACAGUGUGGAAGCCCUUAUCAAGAAGCAUGAAGACUUUGAUAAGGCCAUUAAUGUUCAGGAAGAGAAGAUUGCCGCUCUGCAGUCGUUUGCUGACCAGCUGAUAGCUGCCGACCACUACGCCACAGGAGACAUUGCUUCACGACGCAAUGAAGUCUUGGACAGGUGGCGCCGUUUGAAGGCUCAGAUGAUCGAGAAGCGGUCCAAACUGGGGGAAUCUCAGACUCUCCAGCAGUUUAGCCGGGAUGUGGAUGAGAUUGAAGCCUGGAUCAGUGAGAAGUUGCAGACUGCCAGUGACGAGUCCUACAAGGAUCCUACAAACAUCCAGAGCAAGCACCAGAAACACCAGGCUUUCGAGGCUGAGCUUCAUGCCAAUGCUGACCGCAUUCGUGGCGUCAAAGAAAUGGGUAACUCUCUUAUCGACCGGGGAGCUUGUGCCGGCAGUGAGGAUGCAGUGAAGGCUCGCCUCGCAGCUCUUGAUGAUCAGUGGCAGUUCUUGGUGCACAAAUCUGCCGAGAAAAGCCAAAAGCUGAAGGAAGCCAACAAGCAGCAGAACUUCAACACCGGCAUCAAGGACUUUGACUUUUGGCUGACAGAGGUGGAGGCUCUGCUGGCCUCAGAAGAUUACGGGAAGGACUUGGCAUCUGUGAACAAUCUGCUGAAAAAGCACCAGCUGCUGGAGGCAGAUAUCUCCGCACACGAGGACCGUCUGAAGGAUCUGAAUGGACAGGCAGACAGUCUGAUGACCAGCAGUGCCUUCGACACCACCCAGGUGAAGGACAAGCGUGAUGCCAUAAAUGACCGUUUCCAACGCAUCAAAAGCAUGGCCUCUGCCCGUCGUGGCCAGCUGAACGAGUCCCACCGCCUGCAUCAGUUCUUCAGGGACCUAGAUGAUGAGGAAUCUUGGAUCAAGGAGAAGAAGCUCCUGGUUGGGUCUGAUGAUUAUGGCCGAGACUUGACUGGCGUACAGAAUCUGAGGAAGAAGCACAAGAGGUUGGAGGCAGAGUUGGCAGCCCAUGAACCAGCCAUCCAGGGGGUCUUGGAGACUGGUAAGAAACUAGCAGAUGACAACACGCUUGGUAAAGAUGAAAUCCAGCAGCGGCUGGCACAGUUUGUGGAACACUGGAAGGAGCUGAAGCAGCAAGCAGCGGCUCGGGGUCAAAGACUGGAGGAAUCCCUUGAGUACCAGCAGUUUGUAGCCAACGUGGAAGAGGAGGAGGCCUGGAUAAACGAAAAGAUGACACUAGUGGCCAGUGAAGACUAUGGAGAUACUUUGGCAGCCAUCCAGGGAUUGCUGAAAAAACAUGAAGCAUUUGAGACAGACUUCACUGUGCAUAAGGACAGGGUGCAUGAUGUCUGCGCUAAUGGAGAAGACCUUAUUCAGAAGAACAAUCACCAUGUGGAUAAUAUAAACGCCAAGAUGCAGGGACUGAGAGAAAAGGUAGCGGAACUAGAGAAGGCAGCUGCACAGCGCAAGUCCAAGCUUGAUGAGAAUUCUGCUUUCCUCCAGUUCAACUGGAAGGCGGACGUUGUGGAGUCUUGGAUUGGUGAGAAGGAGAACAGCCUGAAGACUGAUGAUUAUGGCAGAGACCUUUCCUCCGUGCAGACACUCCUUACCAAGCAGGAGACCUUUGAUGCUGGUCUACAGGCUUUCCAGCAGGAGGGCAUCACCAAUAUCACUGCGCUGAAAGACCAGCUGCUGGCAGCCAAGCACGUGCAGUCCAGAGCCAUUGAAUCUCGUCAUGCCUCUCUGAUGAAACGCUGGAACCAAUUGCUCGAUAACUCUGCUGCUCGCAAGAAGAAACUUUUGGAGGCUCAGGAGCACUACAGAAAGGUCGAGGACUUGUUCCUGACAUUUGCCAAGAAAGCUUCUGCCUUCAACAGCUGGUUUGAAAAUGCAGAGGAGGACCUGACUGAUCCAGUACGCUGCAAUUCCCUGGAAGAAAUAAAAGCUCUGCGUGAGGCACACGACGCAUUCCGAAACUCUCUCAGCUCCGCGCAGACUGACUUCAACCAACUGGCUGAACUGGACAGACAGAUCAAGGGCUACCGCGUAGCCUCCAACCCCUACACAUGGUUCACAAUGGAGGCACUAGAAGAGACUUGGCGUAACUUGCAGAAGAUCAUAAAGGAACGAGAACUAGAACUGCAGAAGGAACAACGAAGACAAGAAGAGAACGAUAAACUCAGACAGGAAUUUGCUCAACAUGCCAACGCAUUCCAUCAGUGGAUUCAGGAGACCAGGACCUACCUUCUGGACGGGUCUUGCAUGGUUGAAGAAUCGGGAACAUUAGAAUCUCAGCUGGAAGCCACUAAGAGAAAGCAUCAGGAGAUUCGGGCGAUGAGGAGUCAGCUGAAGAAGAUUGAGGACCUUGGUGCAGCCAUGGAAGAGGCUUUGAUCUUGGACAAUAAAUACACAGAACACAGUACUGUAGGACUGGCGCAGCAAUGGGACCAACUGGAUCAGCUGGGAAUGAGAAUGCAGCAUAACCUCGAACAGCAGAUCCAGGCCAGAAACACAACUGGUGUAACAGAAGAAGCGCUCAAAGAAUUCAGCAUGAUGUUCAAACACUUUGAUAAGGAUAAAUCCGGACGUCUGAAUCACCAGGAGUUCAAAUCGUGUCUACGGUCCCUUGGAUACGACCUUCCGAUGGUAGAGGAAGGAGAGCCCGAUCCAGAGUUUGAAACCAUUCUGGACACAGUGGAUCCAAACAGAGACGGGUAUGUGUCGCUACAGGAAUACAUGGCGUUCAUGAUCAGCAGGGAAACCGAAAACGUGAAGUCCAGCGAGGAGAUUGAAAGUGCAUUCCGAGCUCUGAGCACGGAGCAGAAACCAUACGUCACAAAGGAAGAACUGUACCAGAACCUGACACGUGAACAGGCAGACUACUGCAUCUCGCACAUGAAACCGUACAUGGACAGUAAGGGGCGCGAACUGCCCUCCGCGUACGACUACGUCGAAUUCACGCGCUCGCUAUUUGUGAACUGAUGUAGCCGACUUAAAGCCUUGCUUGUGUCUGCUGACUUUGGCUGUGCAUGUCUCUGUCGCUCUGCCUCCCCCACAAACUUCUACCGUUACCUUCACUGUUCUAGCCGACUGAAGAAGCAAUAUAAGCAGCACGCUUUAAUAAAAGCUAAUUAUUCAA